AUGAGUUCUGAAGAUGGUUCUAAUGCGUUAGAGGAGUUUAAGACCACUUUGGAUGGUCUUACGUUUAACUCUCGGCCUAUAAUUACUACCUUGACGCAGUUAGCAGAGGAACAUAUGAGUUUAGCACAAGAGUUUGUGGGUUUGAUUGAAAAUAGACUGGAGAAAUGUGUUCCUAGUCAGAAGCUUUUCACUUUCUAUGUAAUGGAUUCUAUCUGUAAGAACGCUGGUUCUCCGUAUACGAUCUAUUUCUCUAAGAAUUUGCAUAAAUUGUUCCGUAAAACUUAUUUACUUGUGGAUAAUCAGACUAGAACCAAGAUGAUUUCAAUGUUCAAAACGUGGAUGGUGCCAUUGCCUGCAGGAGACUUGAUGUUCGAUCAUAGUUCUUUGAACAGCAUCGAGAAUUUUUUGAUUAAGGCUAGUGCGUUGCAUCAGAAAAGUGCUACUCCGCCGGCGAUACAACAACAUACCGCUCACAACGGACCGGCUGGGUCGAAUAUUACUGUGAAAUCGUUACUGUCGGAUAUUGAUAAAUUAGCGCUGAUUACGCAGUCGAAGCUAGUAAGUACACCGGAUGACGCCAAGUUGCAGGCAAAAGUAGCGAUAUUGAAGCAGUUGAGACAAGAGUUGCAGAAGGAACGGUUGGCACCGGAGUUUUUGUCGCAAGUUCAUCAGCAGCUCAAACAGAUUUUUGCGCAAGAACAUCAACAGCAACAACAACAACAGCAGCAGCAGCAGUUGCCAUUACAAAAUAACUCUCAGUUUCUGCCGCCAUCAUCUCAAGGUUCUGUAAACAAUGAUAUGUCUCGUGGCUCACUCCAGGCGAACGGUAACAACGGCUCGAUGUUCGGAGGAAGCCUUCAAUUUAAUGCUCCAUUUUUGAACCAACUGACCAACUCUAACCGUCUCAAUAAGCUUUCUAGUUUGGUUAACAUGUUGAGAGAAAAAGAGCUCUUGCAUGAACCUGGAGAAGCAUCUAUUACUACCUUAGCUGCCAAAUUAGAACCUGAAUUUGAUUCCUCCAAGACAGUGCAACUACCGUCAUAUUCACUUUUACAGGAUAUUCUAGGUGAUCUAGAGGCGCAACGCCAGACGCAAAACCUAGAUAUUUUGAACGCAUCUGUCCUUCAGCUUUCUCAACAGUUUGUUCUUAAUGAUAACCAUCCAAUUACGGAAAAGUUGGUACAUUUCUUAUAUCGGGCAAAACCUAAUAAAUGUAGUAUAUGUGGUAAGAGAUUUGGUAAUACUCUUGAAGAAAAGGAGUUGGAAAUACAACAUCUUGAUUGGCAUUUCCGUGUCAACAAGAAGAUUAAAGGUAUCCAGUCCAACACCACUACAUCUACCAAGGUCAUUCAAUCCAGGAAUUGGUAUUUGGAUGAAAAUCAAUGGGCAGACUUUAAAGAAGAAGACAUCAUUGCAACAGAUAUUGAUACUGGAGCUGCUGAACAGCAACCUACAUUUGCGAACAACAGGGAAGAUUCUACUGAUGCAAUCUAUACUAAACUCAGGAAUAAAUAUAUUGUAGUACCGGAUUAUGCCACAGAUAUGAAGUUCCAGUGUCCUAUUUGUACCGAAUCCACAUAUGGUAAAUAUGAUGAAGAUCUGGGAGAAUGGAUUUGGAGCAACUGCGUACAGGUGGGAGACAAAUUCUUCCAUGCCACUUGUUAUUAUGAGGCAGCUAAAAGUCAACAGUCAAACACCUCCUCAUCUCCAUCAUUCCAAAAUCUUCAAUUAGAUCUUGGUAUUUUUAACGAGCUGCUUCAAUGA